GCCAAGAAGCCAAGCCUGUUCCUCUCCCUAUUCUGAGGUGAGGAUUGAAGCUCUGUGUCACUUGGCAGCAGCAUGGCCGUGGCGUUCUAGUGUGCUGAAACAUCAGUUCCAUUCCUCAUCCUCACCAGGAAGGAAGCGCAGAAGGGAAUCCAUCGCUCGAGCCAUGGCUGCCAUGCUAAGUCUACCUUCCCUCCCUUCCGUUUCUUCAGCUUCUAGGAGGCCCUCCCUGCUCAGUACCCACCUGAAAUUCCCCCAUCUUUCCUCUAGAGUGGCCUUCCUGCCGCCUGCAAAGGCCACGGAUAAUGGGUCUGGAAUAGCGGGUGCCUCUACUUUGGAGGCGAAGGUGGUAGAGAAGGAGUCUCCUCCUUCGUCUCCCCCUCCUCCGAAAUUGGAGUCUUCUGGCUCCGUGAAUGGUGCACCGGCAUUUGAGGAUUCCAGGUGGGUGAAUGGGACAUGGGAUCUGCAGCAGUUCCGGAAGAAUGGGGAGACUGAUUGGGAUGAAGUGAUUGUUUCUGAGGCUAAAAGGAGGAAAUGGCUUGAAGAGAAUCCUGAAUCAUCUAGCAAUGACAGGCUUGUAGUGUUUGAUACCUCAAUUGUACCUUGGUGGGCGUGGAUCAAAAGAUAUCACCUUCAAGAGGCAGAGAAGUUGAAUGGUCGCGCUGCUAUGGUAGGGUUCUUCAUGGCUUAUCUGGUUGAUAGCUUGACAGGGGUGGGCCUGGUAGAUCAGAUGGGAAAUUUCUUCUGCAAGCUUCUUUUGUUUGUUGCUGUAGCUGGAGUGCUUUUGAUCAGGAAAAAUGAAGACCUAGAGACACUAAAGAAUCUUGUGAGUGAAAUAACUCUUUAUGACAAGCAAUGGCAAGCUGCUUGGCAGGAUGAUGACUCCAGUAAUAGCACUACCACUGAUACCAAGAAAGAGUAGCCAGCUGAUAAUAUCGUUCAAGCCAUCUUUUCCCAAUUUUCGUGGCCAUGAAAGAGACAUUUUGCUUUCUGUUUAUCUAGUUGUUCCUUGUAAAGUUUUGUGUGGAACAAUGGAUUUAGAUGGGCUAUUCCUUUUGUUUCCGGUUCAGCCUUCUGUUGGUGAUUGCUAGUAGCAAAGUUCUUCAAACGUCUAUUGUGAAUUUCUUUUCUCAGACAUUUUCAGGAAUUCUUUUA